AUGAAAAAUCAUGGGAUUCGUCCCACUAGUUCUGCACCAUUCCCGGAAGUGAAUGUAGCAGUACACAAUAAUUAUGAAAAUAGAAAAUCUAGAAGUCGCGGUCGUGGUCAUGGAAGUAGUAGGGGACGUGGUCGAGGAUAUAUUAGUAAUCGUUAUCAUGGUGGUCAUAACAAUGAUACUUCUAACCACCAGAAAAAGAAUAACAAUGAAAGACAAGAAAGAAGUGGUCAAAAUAAUCCUUCAAAGAUUGUUGAGAAUAUAUGUUACCGAUGUGGUAUGAAGGGGCAUUGGUCAUGUACCUGUUGUACGUCUGAGCAUUUAGUGAAACUUUAUCAAGCAUCUAUUAAAAGGAAGGGAAAGCAUAUGGAGACAAAUUUUAUAUCCCAAAAUGAUGAAAUGGAGGCAAAAGAUGAAGACAUUCACUAUAAUAAUAAAAUUGACCAUGCCUACGAGGAUGAUAAAUUUAAUGACCUUAAUAAUAUAACUCACCUAGAUGUGGCAGAUUUCUUUGAGAAUCAUUAG